UCUCCCUUGUCCUUAUAUGAUUCUUUUACGUACAUAAAUGUAGCAGAUACUAAAUAAGGUACCAAACGAAAUUUCUUUAAAUUUAGGUUUUCUUUUUAGAAAAUUGAUCAGCGGAAAAAUCUGCCGUUUUUUGAUAUCUUUCUUUUGAAUCAAAAUUGUAGUGCAAAUACAUGUUUCUUCCCAUGGUUUCGGAAUAUCCGCUUUUUGAUUUAUUCAAUAUAUAAUUCUUGGAUGGAAUUUUUCCGGAAAGUCAAAUCCGUUAGGUUAAAAGUCUAUCAUGCGAAAUUGUACAUUAAAAGAUCGGCUUCUUUCUAGGAUGUUGAUUAAUUAGUGAACCGAUUUGACAUUUUUUGAAUUUUUCUCCUGUUUUAAAAUCAUAGUGUAACGUGUAUCAUCCCUUAUUCUUAAAAUUUUAUCCUUUUCUUUUAGCUGUUAUAGAAUCCAAGGAUGGAAUUCUUACAUAAAGCCAAAUAUGUUAGGCUAAAAAGCCACCAUAUGAAAUUCUUACAUGCUAAUUCCGAUCAAAAGAACGUGUUCCAGCAUCGUCAUGGAACUUCUAAGAGUGCAAAAUGGACAGUUGAAUUCCCCGAAGGGGUCGAUAAUGUUGUACGUUUCAAAAGUUGCUAUGGCAAAUACCUCAUGGCCACAGAUGAACAAUUUCUUCUUGGAGUAACGGGUCUUAAAGUUGUUCAAACUUUACCUAUAAAAUUGGAUUCAUCAAUUGAAUGGGAACCUAUUAAAGUUGAAUCAUCCUUAGUGAAGCUCAAAACAAGCUAUGGGAAAUAUUUAAGGGCAAAUGGCGGAUUACCUCCGUUUAGAAAUUCAAUUACACAUGAUGUACCUUAUAGACAUCAAGAUUGGAUCUUUUGGGAAGUUGACAUUAUUGAGUUAUUGCCUGAACCUCCCAAAAACAUUUCACAACCAGAAUCAUUACAUGAUGAUUUAGAACCUCCCAAGAACAUUUCAAAGUUAGAAUCAUUACAUGAUGAUUUAGAAUCUCCAAAAAACAUUUCACAAUCAAAAUCAUUACGUGACGAUUUAGAACCUCCCAAAAGCAUUUCACAAUCAAGAUCAUUACAUGAUAAUUUUGAAGCACCCAAAAGUGUUCCACAGCAGCCAGAAUCAUUAGAUGAUGACUUGAAUUCCUCCUUUCGUCUCACAUUUUCCAGGAGAUCUUCCAAUAUUGAGCCAAGACUUGAUGCUUCCAAGUCGAAGUCCGAAGGUCGGGUAAUUUAUUACUAUGUGGCAGAUGAGAACGGAAAUGUGAAUGACACUGUGGAAGGGCCUUCAUUUCAGUUCAAAAAUCAAGGGCUAAAGGAACUGACACAAAAGUUGGAGGAAGAAACAGGACUCGAUAAUGUUACCUUGUGUUUGCGCAACAAAUUAAAUGGGAAAUUAUAUCCUCUUCGGUUAGAAUUACCUCCCAAUAAUGCAACUAUGCAUGUCGUGGUAAUGCCUGCAUCAUCUAAAGGUUAG